AUGGCCCUAGAGCAUGACAUUGAAGAAGAAUUCGAUCUCUAUUUGGCUUCUUUCAGAGGCGAUGAAUAUGAAAAACUUCAGAAAUACCGGUUAGAUACUGAACGGCGUAGGAUUGGUUAUACCUCCGAGACAAAUCGACUGCGUCAAGAGUUCAAGGAUGACAUGGAAUUGCGUAAACACCGUUAUUGUCGUAUGGUAUUGAAGUAUGAUAGUGAUGCCUCCAAUGAUCAACGAAUUCCACGAGAGGAAUUGAGACCUCAAUUUUCUGAUCAGCUCUUGGUGAGUACUCUUGCAACUCUGUUGCUAAAAGUUGACCGUACUAAUUGGAUUCAAAAGAAACAUGGUAUCCUGUCAACACGGAAACUCACCCGACCUGCAUAUAUCUUCGAAAGAUUUCUCGAACUUCCUAAAGAACUCCAAAUAAAAAUAUGGUCCAUGGUAGCAUAUAGCAAAAAUGUUUAUCCACAAGAUUCAGAAAUAUUUUCCCGGUGUGCUUCAGGCAUGUAG